UAGAACUCUCCUCUGUGGCACUUAUAACAACAGGUGUGAUAAUGUGUCUUCAUUAUCAAACUCUUCACAAGCCGUUGACCAUUGCUACAACUGAUGAGUUAAAUGAUAUUAUAACGUCAGUGAAUAUUCAAAGGUCUACUAUAGGUCUAGAAAGAGAAGUGCGGCGAAAGACAAGACGGUUGAAUUCUGAGAAGCUGCAUUCUCAGCUUAAUGUUAAAAUACCGGUCACUUUGAUACAACAUAAUGAAAGGCCCACAGGUCCAUCUGCAAAAUUGUUCGUGAAUGAUAUUAGCUUAAUAGUUAGGAACUUUGCACCUAUGAAUGUGGAAAAAUGGAAUGACAUUGAACCAGCUUGUGUGACUAAGAUGAUUGAAAGAAUAACCAGUAAGUUCGACAUUAACAUGUCUCUUCCUUGGGUCAAGAGAUACGUAAACAAGAUGUGUAUGGCGGCAUUUUGUAAAUUCCGUUAUAGGCUAAAGAAGUAUUUUGAGAAAUACUCAACAGUGGACGAAGCACGAGAAAACAAGCCUGAAGCAGUUAAAACUCAAGCAGAAUGGGAUUUUCUUUGUAUUCGUUUUUCUAGAGAAGAGCUACAGAUCAAUACACAGAAUGCUGACAAGAAGUUGCAUUUGACAUAUCACCACAAUGCUUGGUCGAAGUAUUUCAUAUCCCAUGAAGAUGAGAUUGUAAGAUCUGAAGAACUGAAGGAGCAUGCCAAAAUAUUUGAAGAACUGAAGGAGGAUGCCAAAAGAAUGCAAGAAUUGAUUGCAAAAUUUCCAGCUUAA